AUGGUAGCCAUCGCCAAAUUCCUCCUCCUCGCCCUCCCCGCCACAGCCACCCCCCUCAUCCGCAGCGUCCAAGACGUCAUCUCAGAUCUCCAAACAAAAAUCACCCCCCAGAUCAUAACCCUCAACGCAGACGUCGUCGCCUUCCCGGCCAGCGGCGUGAACGGAGCCGCCACCAUCCACACCGACAUCCAGACUCUCACAACCACCCUGAACAAGGCGACAACCACUGUCGAGAAGACCGGCUCCUUUGGCGCAGUAUACGCCGUCCACAUCGCAAACUUGAUUCAGGGCCAGGUGUCCGGGGUGGUAGCCACGCUGGUUGCGUUUGCAUCUCAAAAGAUCUCCUGGGAGGGUAUGCCCGGCGGGACUGCGCAGCUUCGAGUUGAGCUCCAGGAUUUAGGUGGUGCUUUUGAUGUCUAUGCCGAUGCGGCUAUAGCAGCGACGCCGUUGGUUUCGCAGGUUGGCCUGAUUACUGUCAAGCUUGAGUUGUCCGCUGCAUUUGCAACGGCCAUCGCCGUCUUUUCCGGCCAGAAAGGUGCGGGAUUGAAGAAUGGCUUUUGA